ACGAGGACACUGCAGUAUCUGUGUGUGUGUGUGAGUGUGUGUGUGUGUGAGCUGGUGAAGUGUGUUUCUGCAGCAUCAGACAAAUGCUUGGAUUAAAGUAUAAAUGAUCAGACUGAGACUGCCGGAGCUGAACCGGUGCUGUACUCUGACUUUACCACCUCUCGGCAGUGCAGUUUCUGUGCUCUACUGAGGCGAGUUUCUUCACAAGUGUUUUGAGUUUACUCCAGAACUGUAAACUACUGUAGCAGCGGCUCACACACACACUCAUCCAGGGCACUCCGCCCUCACUAUGUCAUGUCCACCCUCUCUGCUCUCAGCCACACCCACACAACUCUCAGCUCCACCCCCACUGCUCUCAGCCACACCCACACAACUCUCAGCUCCACCACCACUGCUCUCAGCCACCCCCCCACAACUCUCAGCUCCACCCCCACUGCUCUCAGCCACACCCACACAAGUCUCAGCUCCACCCCCACUGCUCUCAGCCACACCCCCACAACUCUCAGCCACACCCACACAACUCCCAGCUCCACCCCCUCUGCUCUCAGCCACACCCACACAAGUCUCAGCUCCACCCCCACUGCUCUCAGCCACAGCUACACCCACACAACUCUCAGCUCCACCCCCUCACCCUCAGCCACUCACACAACUCUCAGCCACACCCACACAGCUCCCAGCUCCACCCCCACAGCUUUCAGCCACACCCACACAACCCCCAGCUCCACCACCCCCACUGCUUUCAGCCACACCCACACAGCUCCCAGCUCCACCCCCAGUGCUUUCAGCCAUACCUACACAACUCUUAGCUCCACCCCCACUUCGCUCAGCCAAACCCACACAACUCUCAGCUUCGCCCCCAUUGCUUUCAGCCACACCCACACAACUCUCAGCUCCACCCCCUCACUCUCAGCCACACUCACAGAACUCUCAGCCACACCCACACAGCUCACAGCUCCACCCCCACAGCUUUCAGCCGCACCCACACAACUGCCAGCUCCACAACCCCACUGCUUUCAGCCACACCCACACAGCUCCCAGCUCCACCCCCAGUGCUUUCAGCCAUACCUACACAACUCUCAGCUCCACCCCCCCUUCGCUCAGCCAAAUUCACACAACUCUCAGCUUCGCCCUCAUUGCUUUCAGCCACACCCACACAACUCUCAGCUCCACCCACACUCAUCACCACACAGCUGACCAAUCACAGCUGUUGUUCUCUGCAUCAUGAAGGUGACACCGGACCUCCCGCCGUCAGUCAUCGCAGUGGUGUCAGCUGUUGUGCUGUGUGUGUUCUCAGACAUGUGUAAUGAAUAACUCUGUGUGUGUGUGUGU